AACAGUCAUGUCCUAAACAAUAUGGGCCCCUAUCUCUUUUUGCCCUAAACAGGAAAACAAAAGAAAUUACCCCUCUUCUUUAAUCAAAAUACACUCCCUCUCUUAAAUUUCUGAAAUUUUGAUGUCCAUGGAAGCGUUGUAAACAAGGUACAUAUAUAUAUGAGAGUUUUCCAGAAAUGGGAAAAAUUUUGAGGGGAAAAUGGUGACUUUUUUCCAGUCUCAACAAAUUUUCCACCUUUCAUGCUAACAAAACUUGCCUUUUUUUGGGUUUGUUAAUGCCUUCACCUACUCUUUUCCCCUGCAUCAGGUGAAAUGGAGGCUAAAUACAUGAGAUGUUUGAACAACAGCAUUUCUCGAUUUAUUCAUUUAAUGUCAUGUCAAACAUCAAAGGCUAUGCCUACUCGAAAUGAAUUUGAGAUAUUGGCUACUAUGCUCAAGCAUUUGAAACCUGUUCUUGAUGAAAUUGAUGAUGACAAGAUAGCUUCAGAAGCAGUUUUAUGGAAGGAGUGUGAAGAUCUGGAUAUUUACAUUAACACUGCUAGGGAAUUUAUGGAACAGUGGUCUCCGAAGAUGAGCAGUAUUCUUUCUGUUUCACGAAGUGAGCAGUUGCUGAAAACAAUCAAGAGAUCUGCCCUUGAGAUUUGUAGUAUAUUAUGUAGGUUGUUACGAACAUCACCGUCUUCGUCAAGUUUCGCUGGUGUGCAAGUAUGUACCGAGAUAAUGCAUUGUGUCCAGGAGCUUCAGAGCUGGCAACCAGAGCGGAUCUCAGGACACAUGGAACAGGCUCUAAGAAGUAAAAACGAUAAUCUAAUCUCUUGCAGUCAACACUUGGCAGAAAUUGUGGAGUCUCUGAGCCUAGUGUCAAAUCAGGAGUUACUUAAAGAGAGUAUUGCUGUUGAAAAGGAGAGGGUGAAACUUGAUGCAAACAAGUGCGUAGAAGAAGUGGAUCAAAUAAAUCAAAUUGUGGAUCUCCUGGCUCUUAUUCGGGACUAUCUGCUUAAAAAUGGAUGCUUUGGAACAAUGAAAGGUGUUCUUAUCCCAUCAUACUUCCGGUGUCCUUUGUCAUUAAUUUUCAUGUUAGAUCCAGUCAUUGUAGCUUCGGGUCAAACUUUUGAGAGGUCUUCCAUCCAGAAAUGGCUUGAUCAUGGGUUGAGAAUCUGCCCUAAAACCCGCCAGUAUCUUUCACACACUAAUGUCAUACCAAAUUACACUGUCAAGGCACUGAUAGCAAAUUGGUUACAGGAAAAUAAUCUGAAACCUCCAAAUAGUUCUGAAUUAUCUGCUCAAGAUGUAAUUCGUACCGAUAGUUUCGGCUGUUCGGUUCAUAGUAGUGACUCUAUGUCCCGGUCCUCCCUAGAGGUUGGAGAUGCAGUAGGGAGGCUAAACAUUGAUGAACCUUCUUCUUUAUCUGGUGAGAUAAGCUCGAGCACGUGCCAAGGUUUGGAGGCUAAGAAUUCGAAUCACCGAUCCUCCGAACACACGUAUGCUCACAGUAGGACCCACUCUGCAACAAGUGCUGUUUCCAGCUGCGACUACGUGCCAUCAUCAAUAAGCGAAUUGUCAAGGAUUUCUGACAGGCAUGAAAAAGUAGGUGAGAUAGUGUCAGAGCAUUCAUCUUCUCAGAGUGCAUAUACGAGCUCUGCGAUGAAUGCCAAUGGCAGCAAUAAGUAUGGCAAAGUUCACUCACUUUCAUUCUCGGACUCGGGACAUGAUGAAACGACGUCAUCAUUUCAUGUUGAUGAAAUGGUAGAGCAUCUUAAAGGACCAUCAAAUUCGCUGCAAACUUCAGCGGCAGCUGAGCUACGGCUUCUUGCCAAGCACAACAUGGAGAACCGCAUAAUUAUUGGGAAAUGUGGAGCUAUUGGCCCUUUAAUCUCACUUCUACACACUGAUGUCAAGAUAACCCAGGAGCAUGCUGUGACAGCGCUUCUGAAUCUUUCACUUAAUGAAGAAAUUAAAGCAAAGAUUGCAGAAGCUGGAAUAAUUGAACCUUUAAUUCAUGUGCUUAAGACAGGCACUGAUACAGCUAAAGAGAAUUCAGCUGCAGCUCUUUUCAGUUUCUCUCUUCUUGAGGAUUUCAAAUCGAAGAUUGGCCGCUCUGGAGCAAUCAAAGUGCUAGUUGAUCUUCUAGCUCGAGGAACUAUCAGAGGGAAGAAGGAUGCUGCAACUGCCUUGUUUAAUUUGUCCAUCUGUCAUGAAAAUAUAGCUCGAAUAGUUCAGGGCGGGGCUGUAAAGUAUCUAGUUCAGCUUCUAGAACCUUCCACAGGAAUGGUUGACAAAUCUGUAGCCCUUCUCGCAAAUCUAUCCCCAAUAACAGAAGGGCGUUUGGCAAUUGCCAAGGAAGGUGGGAUACCGCUGCUUGUUGAGAUUGUUGACUCAGGUUCGCAAAGAGGAAAGGAAAAUGCUGCUUCUGUGCUGUUGCAAUUGUGUCUUAAUAGUAACAAGUUUUGCAACUUAGUGCUUCAAGAAGGUGCUGUUCCUCCACUUGUUGCUCUGUCACAAUCAGGAACCCCUAGAGCUAAAGAGAAAGCGCAGCAACUUCUGAGCCAUUUUCGUACUCAGCGUGAAGGGGGCUCAGGCAAAAGAAAGAAGUGAGGCAAUGUUGCUACUCCUAUUGUAUUCACCAUCUUUUUUUAAUGAGGUGGUUGGUUGUCUAUACAGGUAGCUUGCAACAAUUGAGCAAGUCUUGCAUGCAUCCGGAUUCCGAUUAAGGUUCUUAUUAGGGGAUGGCAAAAACAAAGAAAUUCAACUAGCUUAAUUGGUAAAGUCACGUGGAGACGAAGCUUAUGAGUUAUGACCUUGGAUUGGAUGUGGUUGCACUUCCUUCGUGGCUCUAUUAUACAUACGUAGAGGGCCGGACUUGAGUUUGGUCCAUUGGAUGGUCACUUAUUACUCGGUAUCUCUACUCGUUUGGGCCUGACUACUCUGCGCUUGACUAAGACCUAUAAAAUUCAUACACUUAGUUUGAAGUACAUUGGUAAUGAGAAGGACAUGUUAAAAUUGACAAGUAUAUUGUACUUGUAUAUGUUUGAAGUUUUACUAUGAGUUAAUUAAGCAGGAGCAAGAGUUUGGGUAGUUGGUGGAUCAACAAUGUGUAUCCAUACUGCUGUUUCUCAUUGCAGAAGGAUGAAUUAAAGACAGAAGCAAUUGUUGGAGCAUUGCAUUAGCACCUUCAAAUCAUUCCUACAAGGGGCGCAAAUCAUAUCAUGCUUUCACUUCUUGUGCGCUACAUGCAUCACGUAUGUGUACGAUACAAGGAAACUACGUGUAUACAUAAUGUAUCGACGCAUGAGGUGUAUAUGCUAUUUAAUAAAAGGCUGUAUACGUAUAUUUUUUAUUAA